AUGCUGGUGCUGGUAUAUAACGCCUCGGGAACAUAUCUCAUCAUCCAGUUCGUGACGGAACUUGGUCCAGUCAACACCAAUAUGAAGUUGGUGUUAGUGUCCUUGGCUUUAGCUAUGCUGGCCGUAUCUGGCUUGGCCCGGCCAGGUGGACAUGGAGGAGGUGGUGGCGACUAUGGAGGAGGCGGUGGCGGCCAUGGAGGUGGUGGUGGCCACGGAGGUGAUGGCGGCCUUGGUGGGGGUGGGGGUGGCGGCGGUUAUUCUGGUGGUUCUUCUACCAGCGGUUUCAGUUUUGGAGGUCAUGGAGACGGUGGUGGUGGUGGUGGCGGAGGCGGCAAUAGUGGUGGUGGAGGUGGCGGCCAUGGAGGGGGUGAAGGCGGGUAUGGAGGCGGUGGCAGCGGAGGAGGCGGUGGAGGAGGCCAUGGAGGUGGAGGUGGUGGUGGCGGUGGCCACGGAGGUGUUGGAGGCGGCAGCUAUGGAGGUGCUGGUGGUGGAGGCCAUGGUUUCUUUGGAGGUCGUGGAGGUGGUGGCGGCGGUGGUGGUGGUGGUACCGGUGGUGGUGGAGGCCAUGGAGGUGGC